ACUGAGUUAUAAUCUGUGAUCAAUAUGUAUAAGUCCUGGUUGUCACACAUCUACAGAACAAAACAAAACUAUAGGAGCAUAUAAAAUGGCGACAGCUGAAGUAAGUUUUUGUACAAAUGACUACGAUAUAACAACGUGUACAAUUUGUCUAGAACAGUUUAAUAAUCCGAAGUAUUUACCUUGUUUACAUACAUUUUGCGAAAGUUGUAUUGCGACAUAUAUUACAUCCGCGUUCGAAAAUGACAAUACAAGUAUUGAUUGCCCAGUUUGUAGAGCUAAAGUUCCUGUCCUUGCUGGAAGAAUAACACCAGAAGAAUGGACAAAACAGAUGCCUUUAAAUUUUCUCCUUGUCGGAUUAAUCGAAAAACAUAAAGUAGAACGUACCGAAAAGAUAUGCAUGUCAUGCGAACGAUUUGAUGCGAAUACGAAAUCAGAAGCAACUUCCGUGUGUAUUGAUUGCUCUGAUGCUCUUUGCGCAACAUGUACACGGUGUCAUAAAAGUAGUAAAUUAAGGUCAAAUCAUGAAAUUGUUCCAAUAUCAGACAUAUCAAAAGACGGUUAUGCUUUGAAAUCUUUUAGGAAUAUGUGCUCCGAGCACAAGAAUAAAGAACUGGAACUGUUCUGUGUUGAUCAUGAUUGUUCGUGCUGUUCUAUAUGUGUUUCAGUAAAACAUAGAAAAUGCGAAAAUGUUUUGACUAUCGAGGAAGCUGCUAAGAAAUUCAGAGAAUCGAACAUUGUAAGCAAGACUGAAAACGAGGUUAGUGCUUUAUUGACGGAUUUAGAUUCUGUGUUAGAUGCUGAAAGAAGUUCUUUAUUUGACAUGGGCGUUACUUAUAAUACUGAAAUGCAGAAAUGUGAUCAAUUUUGGAAUACAUUGCAGCAAGGGAUUGAGGAACUUAAAAGCAAAUGGACAAAGGCAUACCAAAAAACAUUCCACAGUGAAAAGGCUAAACUCGAGUUAACCAUUCGGGAUGCCGAAAAUAGAAAGAAAGCGGUCACAAAUACUAAGCAAAUCUUGGAAGCAACACUGAAAGAGGCUUCGGAUGUUCAGUUAAUGAUUGAAAUUCAAAAACUAAAGAUAUAUAUUGAAACACAAUUCAGAGGAUUUGAGAGUACUCAAAAUACGUACAAAAUAGAGUUUCAAUUUAUUGAUAGCGUAGAUUACCUUGUCAAAAAUAUUGAAGAAAAAAUAGUCAUCAUCAAUGAUAAAAUACCAAAAGUUUUUAAUUUUUCUAGCUCCAAAUGUGUUAAAAAUGAAAUAAAAAAUGAAUCUGUUGAUGACUUUGACGAUAUUUCCAGUUCCGAAUGUGUUACAAAGGAUAUGAAAAAUGAAACUUUUUAUAACUUUGCAGUGGAAGUAGAUUCUGAGUCUGAUAGUAGAUCAUCUUCGAACAAUAGUCAUUCAAAGAGUAUUGAUUCUAAAUGUAAGAAAUUAAGUCGAAUAAGUAUGAAAAACAAGAAAAAAGAUUACAAGGAAAGAACUACUCAGGAAACGAAAUGAAGCAGAUUUAGAAUAAUAUAGAACUCAAACAGAUACGAAAUGUGAAUUUGUCAAAUAGAAUUUAAUCGGCGCUUGUUGAAAAUUGUAUAUAUAAUAUGUUUAAUAAAGUUUGACCAUUAUCAUAAUAAAAGGAAGCACAUAU